AUGUACUUUAUAUACAAAAUAACAAAUUCACCAAGACCAUUUAUACCACAAGAGGCUGCUGAGGGGAGGACGUAUUGUUUAUGUGUUUAUGGCUGUAUUGGUCUGGGAUAUGAGGUGUGUGUUUAUGGCUGUAUUGGUCUGGGUUAUGAGGUGUGUGUUUAUGGCUGUAUUGGUCUGGGCUAUGAGGUGUGUGUUUAUGGCUGUCUGGGUUAUGAGGUGUGUGUUUAUGGCUGUAUUGGUCUGGGAUAUGAGGUGUGUGUUUAUGGCUGUAUUGGUCUGGGUUAUGAGGUGUGUGUUUAUGGCUGUAUUGGUCUGGGAUAUGAGGUGUGUGUUUAUGGCUGUAUUGGUCUGGGUUAUGAGGUGUGUGUUUAUGGCUGUAUUGGUCUGGGUUAUGAGGUGUGUGUUUAUGGCUGUAUUGGUCUGGGUUAUGAGGUGUGUGUUUAUGGCUGUAUUGGUCUGGGAUAUGAGGUGUGUGUUUAUGGCUGUAUUGGUCUGGGAUAUGAGGUGUGUGUUUAUGGCUGUAUUGGUCUGGGAUAUGAGGUGUGUGUUUAUGGCUGUAUUGGUCUGGGAUAUGAGGUGUGUGUUUAUGGCUGUAUUGGUCUGGGAUAUGAGGUGUGUGUUUAUGGCUGUAUUGGUCUGGGUUAUGAGGUGUGUGUUUAUGGAUGUAUUGGUCUGGGCUAUGAGGUGUGUGUUAAUAUAUGUAUUGAUCUGGGAUAUGAGGUGUGUGUUUAUGGCUGUAUUGGUCUGGGAUAUGAGGUGUGUGUUUAUGGCUGUAUUGGUCUGGGUUAUGAGGUGUGUGUUUAUGGCUGUAUUGGUCUGGGUUAUGAGGUGUGUGUUUAUGGCUGUAUUGGUCUGGGAUAUGAGGUGUGUGUUUAUGGCUGUAUUGGUCUGGGAUAUGAGGUGUGUGUUUAUGGCUGUAUUGGUCUGGGAUAUGAGGUGUGUGUUUAUGGCUGUAUUGGUCUGGGUUAUGAGGUGUGUGUUUAUGGCUGUAUUGGUCUGGGAUAUGAGGUGUGUGUUUAUGGCUGUAUUGAUCUGGGCUAUGAGGUGUGUGUUUAUGGCUGUAUUGGUCUGGGAUAUGAGGUGUGUGUUUAUGGCUGUAUUGGUCUGGGUUAUGAGGUGUGUGUUUAUGGCUGUAUUGAUCUGGGAUAUGCUCAUAUAUUUGAGUUGAGUGAAAGUUGAUCCCAGCUGAUGCUCAAUUUGGCCCCUCAUCUAAAAGAAAAUGAGAAAACACAACCAUAGUGUGUAUAUAGAUGUACCUCCACAUAUACUCAUACUGAAUGUUUCAGUGUGAAAUGUGGUAUGUUUACAUAGAUGUACCUCCAUAUAUACUCAUACUGAAUGUUUUAGUGUGAAAUGUGGUAUGUUUACAUAGAUGUACCUCCAUAUAUACUCAUACUGAAUGUUUCAGUGUGAAAUGUGGUAUGUUUACAUAGAUGUACUUCCACAUAUACUCAUACUGAAUGUUUCAGUGUGAAAUGUGGUAUGUUUACAUAGAUGUACUUCCACAUAUACUCAUACUGAAUGUUUCAGUGUGAAAUGUGGUAUGUUUACAUAGAUGUACUUCCACAUAUACUCUUACUGAAUGUUUCAGUGUGAAAUGUGGUAUGUUUACAUAGAUGUACUUCCACAUAUACUCAUACUGAAUGUUUUAGUGUGAAAUGUGGUAUGUUUACAUAGAUGUACCUCCACAUAUACUCAUACUGAAUGUUUUAGUGUGAAAUUUGGUAUGUAUACAUAGAUGCCUGACCUAUUCCACUCUGUGCGUGUGUCUGUUUGUGAGCCUGCGAGGGAGAUGACGGUGUCUGAAAUGAACAUGGUUAAAUCUCUCUAUCAACUCUAUAAUGAAGUAGGAAACAUUGUCAGGUUAAAACAACAUUGCAUGGUGUGUGUGUAUGGCUGUGUGUGUAUGUGGGUAUAUGUCUGUGUGCCGGGACGUCAUGCACCCAUUAUUUUAGAGGAGGCAGUAAGUACGUGAGGAUGGGGGGCUGGUCCGGAGAGGGGGUUGGUCCGGAGGGAUGGCUGUU